AUGUCGCAGCGAGAGGAUCCCCUGGCUUAUGGCCAUUAUUACCCGCAAGACGGUUCUCGAAGCGGGGCAGGCGAGAGCGCUAGAGGUCUAGUCGGAGAUACCUUCAAGAAGCUGAAGGCCACAUACAAGAGCCAUCAGGGUUCUCCGGCUCAGCUUCAACAGACAGGUAAUAACCAGCAGCAGAGUUAUAACCCUGGUGAUUACGGGCAACAAUAUCCGUCUACGAACCAAGGUCAACAACCCCCCAAUGCCCCGUACCAAAACCCUCAGUCCCAAGGCAAGCCUCCCAAGCAGGAUAAAGUUUCCGGUCUGCUGGGAAAGCUCCAAGGCACCGUGGCAGAUUUCGGCAGUGACUUCGCCCAGCGUCUCGGAACCGCGCUCGAUCCACAGGCGUACGCCGAAUAUGGACAGCAAAAACCAGACACGGAUUAUCGGUUUGGAAGCUUUGCUCCGGCACGGCAGGGGAAUGACGUGAAGUGGUAUGUUGAUGGGUGCAGUUACUUUUAUGCUGUGUCCAAGGCGUUGGAGAAUGCGAGGGAGUCGAUUUGGAUUCUGGACUGGUGGCUAUCACCAGAAUUGUACCUACGACGCCCACCUGCGAAGAACGAACAGUAUCGACUCGAUCGGAUGCUUCAGGCUGCCGCGCAGCGUGGGGUGCGCGUGAAUAUCAUCGUGUACAAGGAGGUGACCCAGGCCUUGACUUUGUCCUCCUCCCACACAAAGCACCAUCUGGAAAACCUCCACCCCAACAUCGCAGUUUUCCGUCAUCCCGACCACCUUCCUGACGCCCAAGAACUCACUGCUUCGAUAACAUCGUCCCUCCAAAACUUCUCUCUCGAUGCUGCCUCGUUGGCUAGGAUGCCUGGGGAGGCAAUCAAGGGUAUAUACGGCAUGAACGACGAUGUCAUUCUCUACUGGGCACACCACGAGAAGCUCUGCUUGAUCGACGGCCGAGUGGCAUUCAUGGGCGGCCUGGACCUGUGCUUCGGACGCUGGGACACCAACCAGCACAGCAUCUCCGACGUCCAUCCUGCAGACCUGAACGAGAUCGUCUUCCCUGGCCAGGACUACAACAACGCCCGAGUCCUCGACUUCCAGGACGUCUCGCACUGGGAGCAGAACCAAUUGGACCGGAAGUCUGCCUCUCGCAUGGGAUGGUCUGAUGUGGCUCUGAGCUUGCACGGACAGGUUGUCGAGGACCUGCGAAGGCACUUUGUGGAGCGCUGGAACUUCAUCUAUGAUGCGAAGUAUGAAGUUCGUAAGGAGCAGAGGUACUCGCGACUGGCGUUGUAUGGACGUCCGAGCUCCGCUGUCAGUCAGGGUAGCCAGUCUCAGCAGCCUGGGGUUGGCCAGCAGCAACCACAGUCAUCACAACCUCAGCAACCCCAGCAGCCACAACAGCAAGCUCAACCACAAUGGCAGCAGGCGCAGGCGCAGCAACAACAACCUUCUCCACAGCACCCUCACUGGCAACAAUCACCACAACGGCCUCAGCCGCAGCCACAAAGCCAAGCUCAAUCUCAAUGGCAACAACCAGCGCAGUCGCAACCUCAGUGGCAGCAACAAGCACAGCAGAACUCCCAGCAUCAGUCACCGCAACUGCCAGAGCUGCAAGCAUCGCCUGAUAUGAAACAACAGGCGCAGCCACAGACACAAUGGCAGCCGCAGCAACCGCAACUGCCCCAUGAAAAACCACAAUGGCAGCAGCAGCACACAGAAUAUAAACCCUACCGACCAGACGGCGCUUCAAAUACUCCCCCGCCUCAAAAUUCGGGCAGCCCCGCUCCAAGCCAUCAAUCGCCGCCGCCGAGCUACCAAGCAUACGAACCCCAGAGUACUUCACAGCAAUACACGUACACUGGACAGUCGUUCCCACCACCGCCACCUGGUCCUCCCCCUAAUAAACCCAACCAGCCCCAAGUUCAACAGAGCCAGCAAAGUCAGAAACAGGGUCAACAGGGCCAAGCACCUUACUUCCCGCCUCCGCCGACCCAGGAAGGUUCUCAAUACCAGACACGUUGUGUUGAGGAUCAUGAAGGUACCCGCGGUGUUGGUGAUCUUGAUAGAGGCCUCGCUCUCCCUCGUCGUUUCAAGAAGGACGAUCUGAUGCAGUAUAGCAACAACCUCCGUGGUCAAUUGGCCGGCCAGAUCCAUCAAUACCAGGACCGUCUCACCACUUUUGGACGACCGCAGGCACAGGCCCGGGGCAACAUGUCUUGCCAGAUUGUGCGCAGCUGUUCCAAAUGGAGUCACGGUAGCGACACGGAGCACUCGAUUGCCGACGCCUAUGCUGCUAUUAUCCGCAACAGUGAGCAUUGUGUUUACAUCGAGAACCAGUUCUUCAUCACCGCCACAGGCGACUCUCAGAAGCCAGUCAAAAACAAGAUCGGUGCUGCGAUCGUGGAGCGCAUUCUGCGUGCAGCUCGCGCGGGCCAGAAAUACAAGAUUAUCGUUGUGAUCCCAUGCGUGCCCUGCUUUGCGGGAGACUUGAGCGACGAGUCCACCUUGGGCACCCGUGCCAUCAUGGAGUUCCAGUACAACUCCAUCAACCGUGGAGGAAACAGCAUUAUGGAGCUGAUUGCCAAGGAGGGUUAUAACCCGAUGGAAUACAUCCGGUUCUACAACCUUCGUAACUACGACCGCAUUAACCUCAGUGGUCAGUUGGCAAUCGCUGAGCAGAGAAGCGGUGUUAAUUACGAAGAGGCGCGGAAAGAGCAGGAUGUGAGAACUGGUGGACCAGGGGGUUAUGGUCCGAGUGCUCCUCGGAGUGCGUUUGAUCCAUCAGCUCCAUUCCAGCAGUAUCAGAAUGCUGCUCAGCAAGUGCCUGGCAAGCCUGGUCAGUGGGAUAGCGUGAGCUCAUGCUAUAUGCUGAAUGGAGAAGAUAUCCGCAAGGUGCCUUGGGACGGUCCUGCUGAGGCUGAGAUUGAUGCAUUCGUCACUGAGGAACUAUAUGUUCAUUCCAAGGUCAUGAUUGCUGAUGACAGAAUCGUCAUCUGCGGAUCCGCCAACAUCAACGACAGAUCCCAAUUGGGAGACCACGACUCAGAGAUUGCCGUCAUCAUCGAAGACUACACCCCGAUUCCAUCCACGAUGAACGGCAAGCCAUGGACCGCGAGCCGCUUUGCCGCAUCCCUGCGACGACAACUAUUCCGCAAGCACCUUGGCCUCCUUCCGCCCCAAGAUCCCCAGUGCCCAGACGCCAACUACGAACCUAUCGGUGUCCCCAACAAUGUCGACUUCGACUCACCCGAAAGCCAACUCGUCGCCGAUCCGUUGGCCGAUCCACUCUACAGCGUCUGGAACACCCGCGCACGGACAAAUACUGAAGUCUUCCGAAAGGUCUUCCAUGCCGUACCCGACGACACGGUUCGCGAUUGGGCAACCUACAAGGAAUUCUACGGGUACUACUUCCACAAGGCGGAUAAGCAGGCCUAUGGAGAAGCAAAGGAUGCAGCACCAGCUAGGUAUAGGUACGGCCAUGUGGUGCGGGACAACUUCCCGCCUGGUCCUGAGGGCGCGAAGCAGGUCAAGGAACUGCUCAGCCAAGUGAAGGGAACAUUAGUUGAGAUGCCGUUAAUGUUUUUGAUUCAGGAGGAUGUUGCAAAGGAGGGAUUGACGCUUAACGAGGUGACGGAGCCGAUUUAUACUUGA